UCGGUCGGACGAGUGAUAAAAGGUAGUGCUACCGGCACUUUGUUCUUGUUUUGCAGCCUCUUUCUUUCGUAACACCUGCUCACGGCUCGUCCGUCGUCACGACUUCGAUCAAGCCAGCCCCUGCCUCGGAAGCAGCUUAACGCGUUCAAGGCGCAUCCUCCGUCUGGCCGACUCCUAAAUUUUUCGGAAGUCUGCAGAGUCAGCUGCUCGUCUGCUCUGAUAUAGCCUGUUCAUUACCUCCGUCUUCGCACCCGCUUGGUGAUCUUAUCAUUUCCGUCUGCCUCGUGAAACAAGAACUUCAGGCAGCGCCGCGUUAUUCGUUCCUUCUCUUUCACUGUAAGCAAGAACACUGGUUCACAAGCGACCAUCGACGUAGGUGUCGCUGCAGAGCGUCUUAGUUAAAGCCUAAAAAAAUAGUUGAGCUUUGUCCGCAGCUUGUCGUUCCUGUUUACGAACUGAUCGUCGUCGGGGACCACUUUGUUUUGGUUUAUCUUGAGUGCGAGAAGCUGUGACCACCGGAGAUCAUGGGCACUGUGGAUCGCAGCAUGUCCCAAGAUGGCGUGGGAUUAAGGGCCAUCGCACGUUCUGAGGAAAGGGUUCGUGUAGAGUUCUAUGUGAACGAGAACACGCUAAAGGAGCGGCUUCACCUCUACUUUAUCAAGAACCAGCGAUCCAGCCUCCGAAUCCGGGUGAUCCGGCUCGUGGUGAAAAUCGUGGCCUGCCUUCUCUACGUGGGCCGAGUGGCGUUGGACAGAGGGCCCCGGUACGCCACUUGCUACCAGUGUCCCCUGCGCGUCGAGAACACCUCGCGCUACACCGACGAAGCCGUGCGGAACGGCGCAAUCAACUGGGAUGCCAUAUUUUGGGUGGAGCGUCCUUUCGUGCUUUGGUGCAUCCAGACUAUACUGGCCAUCAUAAGUUUCUCCGAGGCCUGUCUGGUUGUAUAUCUCACCUACAAGGGAAACAUUUGGAGACAACUCCUGUCUUUCCGCUUCCUUCUGGAAAUUGUCAACAAUGUACCAUUUAUAGUCACUAUAUUUUAUGCACCUUUACGGAAUGUAUUUAUACCAGUGUUUCUUAACUGUUGGCUUGCGAAGUUUGUACUGGAAAACAUGUUUAACGAUUUACAUCGAGCCCUUCAGAAGUCCCAGUCCGCACUCUCACAGCGGCUGCUCAUCCUCACCGCCACCUUACUCUGCCUCAUAUUCACUAGCGUGUGCGGGUUCCAGCACUUUCAGAGGGCCGGCGUGGAGCACGUGGACCUGUUUGAGAGCUUCUACUUCGUGGUGGUGACGCUGUCCACGGUGGGCUACGGCGACUUCAAGCCAGACGUUUGGCCGUCGCAGCUUUUCAUGGUGGCCAUGAUCUGCGCGGCGCUCAUAGUGCUGCCGACGCAGUUCGAGCAGCUCGCCUACACCUGGAUGGAGCGUCAGAAGCUGGGCGGCACUUACAGCAUGCAUCGAGCCCAGAGCGAGCGCCACGUGGUAGUCUGCUCCACCACGCUGCGCGCCGACACCGUCAUGGACUUCCUCAACGAGUUCUACGCGCACCCGCUCCUACAGGACUAUUACGUCGUACUUCUGUCGCCAUGCGAAGUGGACGCGACGAUGAAGAUGAUUCUUCAAAUACCGAUGUGGGCGCAGAGGGUCAUCUACAUUCAGGGCUCUGCGCUCAAGGACACCGACCUCACUAGGGCCAGAAUGAAUGCAGCCGAGGCGUGCUUCAUGCUGGCAGCCCGAAAUUACGCCGACCUCGCAGCCGCCGACCAGCACACCAUCUUGCGGUCGUGGGCAGUACGCGACUUCGCACCAACUGUUCCCCAGUACAUUCAAAUAUUCCGUCCAGAAAAUAAAGUGCACGUGGCCUUCGCGGAACAUGUGGUUUGCGAGGACGAGUUCAAGUACGCCCUGCUGGCCAACAACUGCCUCUGCCCCGGUGCCUCCACCCUAGUAACGCUCCUGCUGCACACGUCGCGCGGGCAGGAGGGCCAGACGUCGGCCGAAGAGUGGCACCGACUGUACGGCAAGUGCUCGGGCAACGAGAUCUACCACAUCCGGCUGGCCGACAGCCGCUUCUUUGGCGAGUACGAGGGAAAGAGCUUCACCUACGCAUCCUUCCACUCGCACAGAAAGUACGGUGUGGCGCUGGUGGGCGUGCAGACAGACGUGCACGGCCAGUGGCCCGUGCUGCUGAACCCGGGGCCGGCCUACAUCAUGAAAGGAUCGGACAUCUGCUUUUACAUGAACAUCACCAAGGAGGAGAACAGCGCCUUCCUGCCCGCCGCCGGCGACGACGCCAAGCCUCAGGACGCCGCUGACAAGGCCGCCGCCGAUGCCAAGGCCAGGACAGAAAGCGGCAAAUCGCGGUUCGACUUUCGGAGCCGCAAGCAGCACCUGGAGGUUCCGAAGCCCGAGGAGGCGCGCGGUCGGCGACCCAGCAUCGCGCCCGUGCCCGACCUAGGCCAGAGCGAAGAGGGCGCGCAGCUCGACAGCGAGGACGAUGCUCUGGGCAUCGAGGAAGAGAAGUACCUCGAGAACUCCUGGAACACGCCCGCCGAGGAGUCCGAGAUUGUAAAAGGCUUCCCUCCAGUGACUCCGUACAUUGGCGUCAGUCCCAAGCUUUGCUACUUACUUAGAGACAAAAAGCCGCUCUGCUGCAUGCAGCUCGCUCAGCAAUGCGACCACUGCGAGUUCCACAACGCGAAGCAGUACAACUGGCCCAACCGAUGCGUUAUCCUGGCGGCCGACUUCGCCAGCAAAGGCAUCUACAACUUUAUCGUGCCCCUUCGGGCACACUUCCACAGCCCCAACAGCCUCAGACCCAUCGUGCUACUCCUGGAGAAGAAACCUCACGCGGCGUUCCUAGAUGCGAUUUCAUGUUUCCCAUUGGUCUACUGGAUGCAGGGUUCUAUAGACGACCUGGACGACCUGCUUCGGGCAGGCAUCAACCUAGCUGACAGCGUGGUAGUAGUGAACAAGGAGUCGUCCAAUUCAGCUGAAGAAGACUACCUGGCUGACUGCAACACCAUCGUGGCAGUGCAAACGAUGUUCAAAUUCUUCCCGAGCGUGCGCAUCAUCACCGAGCUGAGUCAGAGCAGCAACAUGCGCUUCAUGCAGUUUCGGGCGUUCGACACGUACGCGCUUCACCUUUCCAAGAUGGAGAAGGUGAGCCUGCUCAACCAGCGAGAAAGGGACCGUGGCUCACACAUUUCUUACAUGUUUCGGCUUCCCUUUGCCGCCGGCAAUGUGUUCAGCGCGAGCAUGCUGGACACCCUCUUGUAUCAGGCCUUUGUCAAAGACUAUGUGAUAACAUUUGUGCGUUUGCUUCUGGGCGUUGACCAAGCACCAGGAUCAGGAUUUUUGUCUUCGAUGCGAAUUACUAAGGACGACUUGUGGAUCAGGACAUACGGACGUCUAUACCAGAAACUUUGCUCAACCACAUGUGAAAUUCCCAUCGGCAUCUACAGGACACAAAGCACAACAAACCCCGAAGGAUCCACCGUCUCUCUGGACCUCCUAGACGACAAGGCCACGUUCAACGAGAACAUCGAGCGCCAGGAGAUCGGCACUUUGGUGCGCACGCGUAUGCAGGAUCUGGGCCUGCCCGUUCAAGAUUAUGAUGAGGUAUCGGACAAGCGGCACAGUUUGUCGUAUGUGAUAAUCAACCCAAACUGUGACCUACCGCUCGAAGAAGGUGACAUCAUCUUUCUCAUCCGCCCGAGCCCCAUCUCGGGCAAGCGCAUCUUCCUCAAGCACGGCUCAGUGCGCAUCAAGACGCCGAGGCCCAGCCGCCGGGAGAACCCGUCGACGCGCGGCCGCUCCAAGCCCUCAUUCCGGCUCAACUUCAGCGCGCACAAGUCGGACUCGCUGCCUGUCCAAGAGAACGGUGGCCUCAGCCCACCGAAACCACCACAGGAGACUGCAUUCGAGCAGUCGGAAUGCAGUGUCCACGUGACGGCCGCGACUCCUUCGUCGACGGGCCAAGGGACGAUCGUAUGACGCCAGCUGAGGUUCCCUCUGGCAUGGAGGGCACGCCACAGGGUCAACUGAAGAGCUUCACCCCUCGUCGCAGGAACAAGACGCGCGUCCACCAGCCGUGCACGCCGCAGCUGAACUUCAAGCUGCAGGCGGGCUCGCAGAGCAACCGCGUCGCAUGUCGCAAGUUCGACGAACGCCGCCUUCGGCAGUGCGCGAGACGCCGCGCGCCUGCCACGGUCUAGCGCGCUUGAGUUGCGCUCUGCGCAUGGCCAUAACCAGUCGAGCGCAAGCCCCUAAUUCCAGAAACACGCACGCGAAAAUCAGCGCAUGCGCCCUAAGGCGUCGAUGAUGUGGUUUUCAAGGAGCUUCUGAGCGUUUCCAAGCGCUCCGCAGGUCCUUUGCUUGUACUGUUCUUCCUGAGCCUGACGGCAGGGACAGCACCAGUGUGACACUGGAACCGUGCGUGCCAGCCGAACUCAAAACCUCUUGUCGGGCACUUUUGUCUGGUACGCGUACGUUUUCAGCAGUCUUCACUUUGCUUUGCCGCCCGCGAGAGGCGCGUUUGCUGAGGCACCGCGCGCGCUUGUUGACCAGAGUGCCAUAUCCUAGCGCCAGCAUUAUGGUGCGGCCUGCCGGCGCCGUUGUUUCAAGACGGGUGAGCUUCAGUGAGAACCUUUGCGAUGCCUUCUUUGCACCAUGGGAGGCCUAAAGCUCCCGUCCCACCACCCGACUCUACUGUGCUUCAGCGCUGCGUUGUCUAGGGCGAGAUCGCAGCUUCUCUGGCCACUAGCGAAAAAUUUGGGGCAUGGCAUCGAGUUCAAACAUCAGCCAUUUCUUGAGGCAAGGCGAGAUAAGCAAUCCCAUUAAAAUAAACGCACAUAAGACAACGCUGUAAGCAUGCACUUUGUGCACUUCCGCCACCUGUGACGUUUUCAACUGUGAUUGGUCGCGACUUCAGCGAAUGUAAUUUGAAUGCUGUAUGGAAUACCUUAAUCAAAAAUGAACGACUUUCUUCAAAAGUACUUCACUCUCAGCAGAGAAGUUGCAUGUUGUAUCUCUGCGCGACGUCAUAUCCCUGAGACUUCUAUUUAGCUAUUGUGUCAGCGUCAAGUCUUACGUGAUAUCUCGUGGCUUUGAUCGUAAUGAGCGUUGGACUGAAAAUACUCGUGAUUAACCUCAAGUUGCCGAGUGAAGAUUGUUUCAAGAUCUCCAGAAAUUGUUUCAGCAGACACUACAUUGUAUAGAACAAUAUACAUUGCUCUAGUGCUUUAUUUGAACACACAUAUACAUUUAACAGGAAAGGGAAAGCUAGGAGGAGGCUGGCAACUGCCACCGGAAGGGGCACAACGCCUGCCUACUCUUCGGAAGGGAGGUGCUUUAUCGCCAUACCUGGCCUUUGCAACGUAAUGGUUCAUUGACCGUUAUCAUACAGAUAUGCUUAAUGGAGCAAUGGAACAUUUUGUUUUAUUCUGUGUGCCUAUGUACAUGGCUUCUUUGAUUGUUUUAAGCUUGAACGGGAGUUGGGACAUUCUCUCUGGCCAUCACAAAACACUGCAGUACUUUAUGCGUGAAGGGCCAGCUUUGGUGAUAAUUUGUGUUGGAAAAUACGAUAGCACGUCUUCUACUUUUCUUUUGUGCCAUCUGUACUCAGUACUUCGAGCAGGCGCAGACAUUUGGAGAAGAAAGUAGAGGGGAGAGGGGAGGCACGCGAAGAAAGACGCUGCUUACACAUGAAAUAUGGCUGCAUUCGUACCGCUGCGUCAACCACCAUUCACGAGUUGCAAGAGAUUUCACAGUAGCGUUUACUUGUCAGUGGUGACGCUCGCAACAGAGUAAAACAUGGCUGCUUCACAAGCGUCAUCCGACAGAAAAUGUCGCUCAUCAAGGCAACCACGCUAAAUUCUGCUGCGAGUAUGCCUGCCCAACUGUGGUUAGACUAGCCACUUCAGAUUCUGACCACUUCAUCGUGUGCUUACUUGUGAUGCCGAGGUAUUGGCUUUGUUUUUAAGCCCUCUGCAUUGUCGCGUUCCUCUGGUAGAGAGCAGUUGUGAUCGAGACAUUACCUCCUUUGUGCCGCAUAUGAGAGCCCGCUUGUAUAUUCACAGCCGUUUUGGGACUUAAUGGGACGAGUAGGAUGGUUGUUGCUAAAUACACCAGCGAAUUAUGCUGCAGUGUCGUUGUCUAUACGCGACGCAAACCACAUGUGUGAGCGCCUUUUCUUGCCGCCGCUAUUUAUGUUACGCAAUUAAAUGGCGCCUUUGUGAUAUGUGGCUUGUGAGGGUAAAAAUGCUAAAACAUGCUGAUGUGAUGAGUCCUUCUGUAAAUAUACGCGUUGUUCGAUACAAAGGUAGCCAGUGAAUGAAACGUUAUGUUACGCACAGCCUUUGCAUCUUUCGAUAGCGUCACUCAGCCUGCCUUGUGUAUAAGUGAUACAGUUACUCGGUGCUUGCUGGAGCGAAACGUGUAGUGACAAAUCCGUAUUUGUUGUUGCAUCUUGUGCUCGCGUUGUAUUUCAGCUCCUUGUUUACACUGUUCCUAAGAUGCCAUCUUAGCUGUAGUCAUGCUGUGAAAACAAAACCUGUUCGCCCGAACAUUCAUUUUUUCAUGGACAUUGCCAGCACAAAACGGCAGACGUUCAUCUUGCCUACGUACUGUAAUGCCGCCGCGUUUUGAUUGUAUGCGCUUUCCUCGACGUAAAUGAAGCAGUCGAGAAGCGAGGCACAAAGAAGUUUGCUGCAUCUUGUACUGAAAUUAAUUGGUUUCUUUAAGAAAAUGUUUUGUAACGGUUUGCUGAACUUCUUUGCGCCGAAGCAGGGAUGUGCCUGUUUUAAAUUAAGAGGAGUGGAAUUGUUUUGCAGCGCCGGAAAGAACCUACGAAUAUACUUUGACCAACUUCUUCUGAGAGACCGAAAAUCUCACCAGUUCCCCUUCUUUAGCACCCACGGCUCGAGAAACAAUAUUUGCGAAUGAAGUCAUAUUCUUUUUCCGUCACGCUGAUCCCUGCCUGCGGGAUGUUGCUUUCACCAUUUGGCUGGGCGGUGAAUUGUUGAAUACCUUACUUUCAUGACGAGAGUGAAACAAUCUUCUGCGUCCAAGCAAACGUGGUCUCGAUGAUCUUCCUGCAUUAGUUCAGGCACCGCUAAUAUUAUGCUCCGAAUUUAAAGUACAAUGCUUCACGACAUAAAAUUAUGUCCUGAGUUUUCCGCGCGCACAGUUGUAGACAUCGUGACUUGCACCUGGUCCUGUAAAUUUUCUUUCAAUUCACGCUCAUUCAGCUUGCCGAAAAAAAUUUUGAACUCAACAGACCCACCCUAACUCUUAUAACACACGAUAUCUUCCAUUCUCCUGGUAGCGUAAAACAGUUUUACAAAAUUUAACAUACGUCGAUUUUUUAGGUCCGAAGAGACAACCUGUUCGAAUGACUAGUAUGUGACGGGAAGCAUUUCUUGUGUGAUUUUAUUACUCCUUUCUCGUCACCCAAAAACCCAAGUUUCAGACUUGCGGUGCAAACUGUUGUGCAAUGGUGUCGUGAAUUUCGGUACCCUGGAGAGGAAGUGGAGAAGUUCAGCCUCAGAACAAAGCACCUAGCUGUGUGCGCCCGCAUCACUUCUCACAUACCUUUCCAACUGCACACGCACGACACUUACGAGGACACUUGUCAUCACUUCGAAACACGCUGACUGCCCAGCCUGCAGUUGACGCGUAUUUUCUAUCCCGCGUUUUCCUCGUUCGCAUUUCCUGGCGAUGCGAACCAGCGUUGUCCUUUGCGCUUUUGCCGCUGCAGCGCCACGCGAGUCUGCACGAAGCAGCAAUCCCCCUCGUGUUUUUUCAAACGUGCAUUCUAAGACGUUCUUCAAGACUACGGUACGCAUCUGUAGACGAUAGUCAAAAACUUAAAGUGUUCGCUUUCCCGCGUGUUCAUGCAUUCUUCUAGCCGCAGAAAGGCUUUAUUCUUUCUCUAAAAAUUAUCCGACACAUCGCGUUUUCGUACAGACAUCCUCUUAGUAUUUAAGCACACGUAGACGACGUGUAUGCUAUAGUGUCUAACAAAUCUCACGCAUCCACUUAUGGUCACACCCUUGUACUGGUACUACUUUUUAUUAACCUUCAUGCUCCUCAUACCCUUCUCUAUCAUGAUAGCCUUAUGGCACUGUGCGAAGCCAGGUAAUUAAUUCUUUGAGCGAAGUCAAUAACCAUAUCGGGCAGAGGCGAUGAUCACGAGUCUAGAAAGGUGAACGCUUGUUAAAUAUCCGUUAGUCAAAGGGUCAGGGCUUAAGCUGUGGUCUGAAGGUAUACUUAAGGCAGGUGAAGGGAACAAUCAACCAUUACGAAGUUUCUUUCUGCAAAAAAAAAAAAAACCAUAUAUCUUUAGGAUGCGCGCACGCGCGUUUCCUUUAGUUAUCGGUGUCGCCGUCAUCGCGUUGUUCUGAUGUGUUCUUUUAAUAUAAAGUGUUCACAGAAAGUCAGCGCACUAUUACGUUGACUUCUAGGUACUACGUCACACGGCAUAAGUUAGUCCCUAUUUAAGUUAUCCACGCUUUACUUUACCGUGCGUAAUCAAAACACCCCACGCUCAUUUUUGAAAGCCGCGUUCGAAACACACCCCCUUUUGUACUUUCUCGUGCCUAUUGUUUCUCAGGGCAAGGGAUAUUGUGAAAUACUCUUAACGAAGCGCUUAUUAUUUACGUACUGAAUGAGAAAGGUGCAUAGGAAGAGCGACAAGUUCUCUGUCACUUUCGUUGCUCCGACUGUUUGUGCACUGAGGUAAACAUAAACAGAAUGAACAACGUCAUAAUACGGCUGGAUAAGAUCAUGUGACGGGGAUAGAGUUUUUAGCGUGGCAAGCACUCUGUACAAAGAAGGUACACGAAUGAGUAUGGUGCUCAUAUUGUCAGGAUUUAACUUUUUCGCCUUUGAUUUCUUUGUUCCUUUCUCCUUUCUCUUCUUCUUCUUUUUAUGUGUAUUUUUUAAUCCGAGUCGAUAAUUGCUAACUUGGGUUGAGGAUUCGGCGAGUUGGUAUUGCAUUCUAAAACUUAUACAGCGCAAGAGGGAAAGGAACAACCAAGCCGAGCUAGACAGAAGGAACAGCGCUCUAUUCCUUCUUCUGGCCGGCUCGGCUUGUUUCUUUCUUUCCAUCUUGCGCUGUACCAGUUUUAGAUCAUUGUUAAAAUAUUGCCGUCUACUACAAAUGAGCUUAGCAUGCCAGGCACUUCAGGGAGCAGGUUCUGAGUUGUUUUGUUUAAGGCAGUGUUCAAUUUCAGUUAUGUGCGCAUUUUCUGCAUUCGUUCAGUUGUUUAUGCCGACCAAAUUAUGACGAGCUUUUCUACAUGCCAACCCACUGCUGUUCAGAAAUGAUGAUGUUAAGCAAGCUCCACGACCCGCUGUGCGCACUCCAAUGUGACGCCGCAAUUCGCACGUCCUGUUAUAGAAUCAAACACACAACGUGGUGCUUGAUUCUACAUAAACAGCAUCCAAUGCUAGACACAGGCUAUGCCUGCCGCACUUCCCUUUCAUUUUUUUUUCUGCGAAGCAUAGCUUCCUGUAGGGGCAUUAGCGUAAUCUAAGGAACGACGUGUUAUGUGACCCGCAGGCUUUGAAUUCAUAUAUAGAAGGUGUGCAGUGGUACAGCAGUCCUGCAAUUGGCAUGGCUCAGCUGUCACAGUGCUGCAACGUUCCACCGUGAGACGGCGUAGAUUUCAUUUCGCCAAAAAAAAUAAAAAAUAUCCGCGUCCCAAAAGCAUUCUUGAAAGUUUCCUGAUACUUUUAGACAUAAGAAGCCGUUUUGCCUUCAGUUAAGAAAUUAAUUAUAUAUUUAUUAUUGUGUACCCACUACCUCAGCGAACCCGCUCUUUCUCGUACUCUCACUGCCUGUUGUGUUCUCAUUGCGUUAAGGCCGCAGUGCGCUAUAGUAACUAUAUCUGCACGUUAGUGGAAUGUUGUUCACUGACUGAGUGAUUGCUUGGUCGGCUGCGUUCUAGUCUGGAUAGUUGUGAUAUUUGAAAUCGAUCGUCAGAGCCGGAAGUCUUUCUGCCUGUUCACUUGUUACCUGAGAUUCGUUUCUGUCAAAAGAACCGAUGUCAGGGCACGUUGGUAUUUGAUGGCAUCGUGAGAAAGGCAGCACAGCACAAACGAGGGCGAUGAAAAAAACGCUAAAUGGACACUGGUAGUGCCACUCUGAUGAUUCGUUUGAGUGCCCCCUGUAUUCUGAUCUUCAGCGUUGAUGCGUGUACAGUAACUGCCAAUGGUUCACGAUAAUACGCACAAAAAUUGCCGUGGAAACCCAUCCAACAUACCUUGUAGUCGAAGGUACCGUAAGCUUAGCUGUCGCGAUAAUUUUUGCGUCAGUCGUCGUGGUAUUGCUGAAUUGCAGUUUCAGAUUAACGCUCUGCAAAUUAGCCUGAUACCUGCAGCAUGGUACCAUUAUGCCCGUCAUCUUCACAUACUUACCUACGAUGCUGAUAGGCUAAUGAGAAGUUGUAAAAAAGACGUUUUCGAGUUGUUUUUAUUACGCGUUGAAAAAAAAUAAACGUCAUGGAAGUUGCUGUGUGUGGUACCUGCAGAUUUUAUAUUUCCUUGCAGGGCAUCGCACUACUGUAUACACGAAUGAAUGAUUCUGGUUUAUUCGUUGAACUAGAUGGAAGCUCACAAUAUGAGCACGGUAUGGUAUAAUCCUUUGGAUCUUGACUGUGAACGAACCAUCAACGGACCAGACGUUUCGGAUCGCGAAGGUUCUGAGACAAUUGAGCUACAUAUGUGAUGGGCAUGCAGUUGAUCGCUUGUUAUGCGGAGCUCGGUGGGUGGGUGGGUGUGUCUGUGUGUGUGCGCGCGCGCAAUAGACGUAGUAAGCAUAUAUUCCUGUGCGUGAGAGUCUGCAUGUCGACGGCAGACCCGGCGCUUUGUGCGCUGCAUUUUUUCACACCAAGCAUGUGUCGACUUUUGCCUUGUGCUACCUAAAUGACUAUUUUUGGCCACCCUCCGAUAGAGUGAGAUUGAGAGAUAUUAUCAUAUCAUGUACUGACUAUGUAUCAUGUUUCCAUGUGUACAAUAAAACAUUUUGAUACACCUUACGUUAA